UACGCUGCUUCUCCGAUGAAGAUCAUCAUCGGCAAUGGCGGAGAGGCGUUCGCCACUCUGCUCAAAAUCUCCGCACUAUUUUUCUUCUCAAUCGCUGUCGUCUACCUAGCCAGGCAUUUCUCCGACGCUGCCUCUUCGCCAGACAGCCUAUUCUUCUCAUUCUCCAAUCGCGCAGGCCUCCAGACGCCGCAAGAAUCUCCCUCUCCCGAUUCCCUCACCAAAACCCUAAAUGCGUCAAACCACGACGUCCGGACGAAUCAAUCAGCGCGGCCGGCGCUGCAGAGAAUGGGAAUUCUCGACGAGAACGGGCGGAUGACCGACGAUUUCGAAAUCGGAGAUUACGACCCCAAAUUGGCGGAGGCAUGGCGCAACGAGAGGGAUCGGGAAGGGGAUAAGUACAACGCCGUCGGAAUCAAGCUCAGCAAAAUUCCAAUAUGUCCGGACGCCAUGCGCGAGUACAUUCCUUGUUUGGACAACGAGGAGGCGAUUAAGCGAUUGAAUUCGACAGAAAAGGGGGAGAAAUUCGAGCGACAUUGUCCUGAAAAGGGCAAGGAGUUGAGCUGCUUGAUUCCUGCUCCUAAAGGAUACAGAAUUCCUAUUCCCUGGCCCAAAAGUCGCGAUGAGGUGUGGUUUAAUAACGUUCCGCAUACACGUUUGGCCGAGGAUAAAGGCGGCCAGAACUGGAUCACCGUCGACAAGGACAAAUUCAAGUUUCCGGGAGGCGGGACGCAGUUCAUCCACGGCGCAGAUCAGUACUUGGAUCAGAUUGAAAAGAUGGUUCCUGACAUUGCAUUUGGCCGCCGCACUCGAGUUGCUCUGGACGUUGGCUGCGGAGUCGCGAGUUUCGGUGCUUAUCUAUUCUCGAGAAAUGUCACUACCCUCUCUGUAGCCCCGAAAGAUGUUCAUGAGAACCAGAUACAAUUCGCGCUCGAGCGCGGCGUCCCAGCUAUGGUGGCUGCUUUCGCUACGCGGCGUCUGCUGUAUCCUAGUCAAGCAUUUGACCUGAUACAUUGCUCGAGGUGUCGGAUCAACUGGACUCAAGACGAUGGAAUUUUACUGCUAGAGGUAAAUCGGAUGCUCCGAGCAGGGGGGUAUUUUGCUUGGGCUGCACAGCCUGUUUAUAAGCACGAACCGCUCCUCGAAAUCCAAUGGGAAGAAAUGGUUAACCUUACCAAUCGUCUUUGUUGGACGCUUGUGAAGAAGGAAGGCUACAUCGCAAUAUGGCAGAAGCCCGUAAAUAAUAGCUGCUACUUGAGUCGAGAGAAAGGAAUACAACCGCCGCUGUGUGAACCGGAUGACGACCCGGACAAUGUUUGGUACGUCGACUUGAAGCCAUGCAUAUCGCGUCUACCGAAUGAAGAAUACGGUUCGAACGUCACAGCUUGGCCCGAGCGCCUGCAGAACCCUCCGGAUCGCCUUCAGACCGUACAAAUCGAUGCAUACAUAUCUAGGAGAGAGCUCUUUAGAGCGGAGUCGCGAUACUGGAAAGAAAUCGUCGAUGGUUACGUGCAAUUCUUAGGUUGGGACAAACUCAACCUCAGAAAUGUUUUAGACAUGAGAGCUGGCUUCGGAAGUUUUGCCGCAGCUGUAGUCGAGCAUAAUCUCGAUUGCUGGGUGCUGAACGUCGUCCCCAUUAGCAGUUCCAACACGCUCCCGGUCAUAUACGAUCGUGGCCUCGUCGGGGUCGUGCAUGAUUGGUGCGAACCGUUCGAUACGUAUCCAAGAACCUACGACUUGAUUCAUGCAGCCGGGCUUUUCGCAGCCGAGCGCAAAAGAUGCAAUAUUACAAUCAUCAUGCUCGAAAUGGAUCGAAUCCUGAGGCCCAGUGGGCGUGUAUACAUUCGUGAUACUGUCAAUCUAAUGGUCAAAAUCGAAGAAAUCGGCAGAGCAAUGGGUUGGGAUACGAUGGUAUUAGAGACGUCGGAGGGUCCUCAUUCAAGUUACCGGCUAUUGACGUGCCAAAAACGCCUCCCGCUGCGGCCGGAGGCGUAA